AUGCUCGACGAGACCAAGAACAUCAACAAUCAGCUGGGCACGAAGCUCCCAGCUGUCCCACGCCGGCAGAUAGCCACGCCAGCGGACGAGGUAGCUCGUCCGACUGCCAUUCACGUCGCGGUGGUUCAAAAGACGUCCACUAGGAAGCGUUGA